AUGACCUCCCAUUCAUCUCACCGGCGCAGCUGGCAAGACAUCGCCAAACAAGCCCAGAAGCACCGAGAUGAAACAAUCGCAGCUGUCCAGCCCCUAGUCCCAGAUGUGGCCUCUGACCUCCCACUCAACGUUUCCGGCAUCCCCAAGGAGCUGCUCUCCGAGCGAGAAAUCGAGAUCACCGAGACUGCACCAGAGGACUUAGUGGAGCUUAUGUCCACUGGUACCAUCACAAGCACAGAAGUCACCACCGCUUUUCUACGGCGUGCUGGAUCAGCACAGAAGCUGACGAACUGCUUAACCGAGCUCCUCCCAGCUCGCGCCCUCCUUCGCGCCGCCGAGCUCGACGACUACAUCGAAAAGCACCGCCGCCCCAUCGGCCCCCUCCACGGCCUCCCCAUCUCUGUAAAAGAACACAUCUCCCUCGCGGGCCUCGACUGCAACGGCGGCUUCAUCUCCUGGGUCGGCCGUCUCGCGCCCCGCGAUGCCUAUAUCUGCACGCUCCUCUGGCGCGCCGGCGCCGUCUUCUACGCACGUACGACUCAGCCGCAGACGCUGAUGCACCUCGAGACGAGCAGCAAUCUAUACGGCGCGACUGUGAACCCGUUCCAGCGGGAACUGAGUUCUGGCGGGAGUUCCGGGGGCGAAGGUGCUCUGUUGGGGUGCCGGGGCAGCUGUUUGGGCGUGGGGACCGAUAUUGGAGGCAGUGUGAGGAGCCCGGCGGGGAAUUGUGGGGUUUAUGCGCUGAAGCCGACGAGUUAUAGACUCCCGAUUGGGGGCUUUACGGCUACGAUGGUUGGGCAGGAACAUGUUGUUCCGGCUGUGGGACCGAUGUCGACGAGUUUGGGCGGGGUCAAGAUGUUUAUGAGGGCUAUACUGGAUCAGAAGCCGUGGUUAGUAGAGCCGAGUUGUGUACCCUUUGAGUGGAGGGAAGAGAAGAGUUGGCUGAGGGUGGAUGGGGAGGGGAGGAAGAGGCUUAAGGUUGGGGUCAUUUGGGAUGAUGGAGUUGUGAGACCGCACCCACCGGUCACAAGGGCGUUAAAGGAGGUGGUGGAUAAGCUGGCGGAGGUCGAUGGCAUCGAGGUUGUCGAGUGGAACCCGUGGAAGCACGACUUGGCGUGGGAGAUUAUCGCUAGCCUCUACUUCUGCGACGCUGGCGCCGGAGAGACCGCAGCCAUCGAUGCCUCCGGCGAGCCCUGGCGACCGCUCUCUUCUUUCAUCAUAAAGGAGAAUCCUUUUGUGAAGAACCGCAUGAUUGCCGACGUCUGGCGGCUGACAGAAAUGCGCGAGCAAUACCGCGCCGAUUAUGCAAAGAUCUGGAACGACACCGCAUGCGGAGCGAACGCCGGAGGCGCGGUAGAUGUAAUUCUGUGUCCUGUCACGCCGGGGGCAGCGCCGCCAUUGGACUGUGCCAGAUAUUGGGGCUAUACAAGUCAGUGGAACCUGUUGGAUUAUCCCGCAUUGGUGUUUCCGGUUACAAAGGUUGAACCAGAGGUCGACCUAGUGGAAGAGGGACAUGAGCCGAGGAAUGAGAAAGACAAGUAUAACUACGAGCUCUAUAAGCCAGAAAAGUACCGCGGGGCACCAAUCUCCCUCCAACUUGUCGCUCGCAGGUACGAGGACGAAAAAGUCAUUGAGGCUCUCGAGUAUAUACAGCAGAGGAUUGAUCUUCCGUUCGUGGAAAUGAUAUGA